AUGGAUUUAUUGACUCCGUCGAGCGCUGCAGCCUCUCCCUCCCCUACGUCUGAACAAGACUGCCCACGGGAUGUUACCUCCGGUGUACGUACAGCCGGCACACCACUGGAGACGGAUCCGCCUCCGUCUUCUUCCGACUCUUCACCGGUUUCCCGAGAACACCAGCCCUUGCUUUCGCCGGCGCGGAACGGCCUGACGGACCCCACCUACGGCAUUCUUGGCGGCCCAGAAAACCAGCUGCGGUCGCAUGUGCCGAGCAACCUCGUUCCCCUCCCUCCGGGUCCAGCAGACGAAGCACGGGCGGCGCUCCUGCUUCAAGCAGGCGAAGAAGGAAGGAAAGAAGCGGAGGCUUUAUUCUGCCAGGGAUUGCCUCAGCGCGACAAAGAAGAAGCAGCCAUUGAUCGGCUGUUCAAGGGACUCCGAGAGGUCUCGCAGGAAACCAGCAGUGCGAAAAUCAUCGAGUGGUUCUCGCUCUUCUUCGCCCUUGCCGCCACCAUCGCCCCGAUUAUCCUUGGCAGCGUAAAGCGCUUCCAGAUUCUGGACCCGUACUACCGAUUUCUCGUGGCUGCAGUAGGUGGAGAAGCCUUCCUCGCCUACGCUUUGCCCGCCGCAAUCGUCCUGUGGAACCUCUAUGCGAAUGACGACGAAGAGACACACAGCUCGAGGGCGAUCUCUCGAGACCGCCGAGCGCUUCUUCUGGUGAAUGCAUGCCGCAUUACUCUGGGCGUCUUCUUCUUGAUCGUCGCUGCGUUUGGCUUUCAAUCGCACCAACAAGAAGAACACGGCCACGUCGACCUGGGCACCGUCAAGAAGACGUUUGCGCUUCGCUCCGUCUGCCAGCUGGGGAGCGCCUUUGUGUUUGCCAUCCUCGCUGUCUACGCGUGGAUAGCCGCUCGGCUUAUUUCCUGCAAGGCGAUGCAUGUCGUCAACGGGUGGGCGCACUUUUAUGACUCGAUGACGUUGGCGAGUGCUGAUUCCCUUGUAGCUGUUGCCAGUAAGCGAGUGAAGUACAUGGAGUACGUGGGCAUUUCUUCGGCAGGGCUUCUCUUUAUUCUCGCCGUUGUCGAUCUCGUCGGCGUCACAAGGUCGCCCAAAGUUCCAGCACGGUGA